AUUUGGUGCUUUUUGAAAUUUUAAAGUUGACAACACUGUUGUUUUCUUCUUCUACUUAAUAAAAAAAACACGAGUUUGUUGAAAAUUAUUCGUUUAGUGAACAUUAUUUUUAGGAUUUAUCGUAAAUUAAGCAUUUAUAAAAUACUAAAUAAUGUUUCGAAUGCCCCCACAAAUUGAUCCCGCCGAGGAAAAGAAGCGGGUACAAGCUGAUGUACGCAAUAAUUUUAUAAUGUUUACCGUUUUAUGUUUAGCCAUACGUUUGGCCCCGAUUGUUUUGGAUAAAGUUCAGGCAUAGCAUUUCAAGAAUCCAUCAGCAACAUGGGUAGAGCAUCUAAUGUCUUUAUUUUUUAAGGCAAAAUGUUGACUGAAACCAAUGGUUAUAUCGUGUCCGAUGAGUAAAUUUAUUUGCAGUUAUUUAGUUGCUUUUAUUUCUCAACAAACCCAAGUUGAAUUUAUUUAAAUUAUGAGUGUUAUCUAAUGAAUUGAAAUAAAAUAUUCAUUGUUAUUAAUAAAA